AUGCAGCUGCUGUCGGUCGUGCUUUUUGCUGCUAUAACAUGUACAGCAAUGGCUGAAAGUAAACAGGGUUCUCCAAAAGCCGUUGGACCAUGUAUCCUGAACCGUUGCCCUAGGGGAUUCGAAUGCGCUCAAGCAGAAUGUAUACCGAAUCCAAAUGAGAUUGAAGAACUUGGUCCCUGCGUAAACAACAUGUGUCCUAAAUCAUACCAGUGCAACGAUGACAUCUGUAUUCGACCAAAGCCCAAAGCCCGGGCUGGAGCCGAAUCCAUUGGACCUUGCGUCAACGAUCUAUGUCCCGAUAAUCACUUCUGCGUCGUCAGCGAGGGAAAGUGCUAUCCAAUGGAAAAUUGA